CUUCUGCACCCGCUCCCACCAGCCCUCCUCUAAGCCAAUAUGCGUGAGGCCAUCUCCAUCCACGUCGGUCAGGGCGGCAUCCAGGUGAGGACAUUCACACCUCCACACGCAUCACGGAGCAGACAGGCGGCCACACAGGGGGACAUGUACGUGCCAUGCGAAUGGCGAGAGCACCUGUGGGCGGCUUCUGGGCGGCAUGAGCGGCGUGGCGAUGACAUGUCGGCGCCAGGAGAUACCACUCGGCUAUCGACGGCCUCCCAGCGCCUUGGGAGGGUCAGAAUGGCCACGGUGAGGCAUUUCAGGCCAGCUGUGGGUCGGCACGGGGUCCAUUCAGCGGUCUGACGGUCGGGUGACGGCAUUGCCGGCUUCGAUGGACGACGCAGCAGGCGUGAUGUCUCCCGGCCCUCCACAGAGCAGCCACGAGAGCCGGGCACUCGGCAGUGCAUGAGAUGCGGCUCGGGGAUGGGCGUGUGCGGCCGUGCGUGUGCCAGUCUUGACCCAUCUCACAUCUGCCCCGUUCUCUCUCUCUGUGUGUGAUCUGUGUGGUGUAUGUAUGUCAGACUGGCAAUGCGUGCUGGGAGCUGUUUUGCCUGGAGCACGGCAUCCAGCCCGACGGCCAGAUGCCCUCGGACAAGACCAUCGGUGGCGGUGAUGAUGCCUUCAACACAUUCUUCUCCGAGACCGGCGCCGGCAAGCACGUACGCCGACCGACAACACCAACACAGCCACAGCCACAGCCACACACACGCCCCGACACACAUCACACCCUUGUCUGUCUGUCUGUCUGUCUGUCUGUCUGUGUGUGUGGGGGUUGAUCAGGUGCCCCGUUGCGUGUUUGUCGACCUGGAGCCGACAGUGGUAGAUGAGGUGAGGACAGGUACGUACCGCCAGCUGUUCCACCCCGAGCAGCUGAUCAGCGGCAAGGAGGACGCCGCCAACAACUUCGCCCGCGGCCACUACACCAUCGGCAAGGAGAUCGUCGACCUCGUACUCGACCGCAUCCGCAAACUCGCCGACAACUGCACAGGGCUCCAGGGGUAGGUACCUACCUAGGCACACACCUCACCCCCGCCCGACACACCAGACGCACACAACACGGCUGGGAUGCAUCCAUCUCUGUCUCUGUGUGUGGGGGGGUGGUUGUGGUGUGUUUGUGGUCAGUUUCCUGAUGUUCAACGCUGUGGGUGGCGGCACUGGGUCGGGUUUGGGCUGCCUGCUGCUGGAGCGUCUGUCGGUCGACUACGGCAAGAAGUCCAAGCUCAACUUCUGCAACUGGCCGUCCCCCCAGAUCUCGACUGCCGUGGUGGAGCCCUACAACAGUGUGCUCUCGACCCACUCCCUCCUCGAGCACACUGAUGUGGCCGUCAUGCUCGACAACGAGGCCAUCUACGAUAUCUGCCGCCGCAACCUCGAUAUCGAGAGACCCACAUACACCAACCUUAACAGACUCAUCUCGCAGGUCAGACGCCACGUCGCACAGAGGGAGAGAGAGAGAUGGAGGGAGAGAGAGGUAGUGAUGGUGUGGUGUGUGUGUUGUGUGAUGCAUGUCUGUUGAUCCUCAGGUGAUAUCAUCUUUGACGGCGUCUCUGCGUUUCGACGGUGCGCUGAACGUCGACGUGACUGAGUUCCAGACCAACCUGGUGCCCUACCCCCGUAUCCACUUCAUGCUCUCCUCAUACGCACCCAUCAUCUCCGUCCGUCUCCCUGCCAACACACACACACACACACACACACAAACACACAACACCCACCCGAUGUCCACACUGUGUGUGAUGUGAAUGGAUGUCCAGGCCGAGAAGGCGUACCACGAGCAGUUGUCAGUAGCUGAGAUCACCAACAGCGCGUUCGAGCCCGCCGGCAUGAUGACCAAGUGCGACCCCCGCCACGGCAAGUACAUGGCCUGCUGCCUUAUGUACAGGUAACGAACUAACGAACGACUCACACAUGACCCACCACCACCACACACAUGGCUGGCUGCACUCCUCUCUCUCUCUCUCUCUCUGUGUGUGUGUGUGUGUGUGAGAUAGAGGUGAUGUUGUGCCCAAAGACGUGAACGCUGCCGUGGCGACGAUCAAGACGAAGCGCACCAUUCAGUUCGUCGACUGGUGCCCCACCGGCUUCAAGUGCGGCAUCAACUACCAGCCACCCACUGUCGUCCCGGGCGGCGAUCUCGCAAAGGUAGGGAUCUAUCUGUCGGUCGACACACAGACGACUCUCCCACACGGCACGGCCAUGGUAGGUACAUUCAUUGUGUGCUAUGCUGUGUGUUGUCUGUCUGUCUAUGUAGGUGAUGCGUGCGGUGUGCAUGAUAGCCAACUCGACUGCGAUCGCCGAGGUCUUCUCGCGCCUCGACCACAAGUUCGACCUCAUGUACGCAAAGCGCGCCUUCGUCCACUGGUAACCAUCCAUCGCCACUCACCCACCCACUCCACCACACCACCCAUGUCGGAUGUCUCUCUCUCUCUCUCUGUGUGUGUGUGUGUGUUGGGUGUCUGUAGGUAUGUGGGUGAGGGUAUGGAGGAGGGUGAGUUCUCCGAGGCGCGUGAGGAUCUGGCGGCCCUCGAGAAGGACUACGAGGAGGUCGGCAUCGAAACCGCCGAGGGCGAGGGCGAGGAGGAGGGAUACGGAGAGGAGUACUAAACACCUUACCAUGACACACAAACACACAACACACAACACAGAUAUCGUUAGCAGACAGACAGACUUCGUUG